CGGGUUGUUGUGUUUUCGUUGAUCAAUCUUGGUCACAUUCUUAAAUUGUUUGAUAUAAUUAAUCAUCUGAUUCUGCGUGAUUACUUCAUCUGUCUGAUUUUUUCCUUUUCACUCUUGUUGUUUCGUGGCCGGUUGUCGAGACUUGAGAACAACUGAUUAAGUGACGUUCUUGUGACAAUUUCCACUGGCGUGCUCCUCUUUUUUUGUAGUCUUUUGUCUUAACCAUCCGUCUAGGACGUUUGAGUGGGACUGCUUUGCGAUUAAGGUAACUGGAGGGUACAGUGUUAGCAGUGAAAGGAGAAUGGGUGUCUAUUGGGGUAGUACUUAAAAUUGUUCCCAAGAUGAUCUUUCCAUACCUUAAACGAUCAAUUGUGGAUCCUUGGUGGGGAUAGUCUGCAUGAUUUUGGAAGGUGGCAGGUGUUCCUCCCAAUAAUUUUCUGAACCUGCAAAAGUGAUGGCUAUGAAGUCUUUAACUAGAAAGCUUGUUUCUUGCGUUAUCCUUGACUUAGAUGGAACACUCAUAAAUACAGAAGGAGUUGUGGAAGAUGUAUUAAAAGUAUUUUUGGUCAAGUAUGGCAAGCAGUGGGAUGGAAGAGGAACACUAAACAGAACAGGCAAGGCACCAAUAGAAGCUGCAGCUUCCAUUAUAGAAGAUUAUGGACUCCCUUGCACUACAGAAGAAUUUAUGACUGAUAUUGCUCCUUUGUUUUCUGAUUGUUGGUCCAAGAUGGUUGCACUUCCUGGUGCUGAGAGGCUCAUCAAGCAUUUGCAUAAUCGUGGUGUGCCGAUUGCACUAGCUUCAAACUCUCCUAAAGCCAGCAUAGAAACAAAGCUGUCAUAUCAUCAUGGAUGGAAAGAGAGAUUCUCUGUCAUCAUUGGUGGUGAUGAAGUGCGAGAGGGGAAGCCAUCACCUGAAAUAUUUCUUGAAGCUGCUAACAAGUUAAGUGUCGAUCCUUCCAGCUGUCUGGUUGUCGAGGAUUCACUUCCAGGAAUCACCGCCGGUAAGGCUGCUGGAAUGGCAGUAGUCGCUGUACCUUCUGUUCCAAACCAAACCCAUGUUUACAGCUGUGCAGAUGAGGUCAUUAAUUCUCUGCUGGAUUUGCACCUUGAGAACUGGGGUUUGCCGCCAUUUCAGGAUUGGAUUGAAGGUACUUUACCUAUUGGGCCUUGGUACAUUGGUGGUCCUGUUAUUAAAGGCUAUGGGCGUGGCUCGAAAGUUCUUGGAAUUCCUACAGCUAAUAUAUCCCCAAACGGCUUCUCAGAUAUACUCUCAGUAAGUGCCUCAGGGGUGUAUUUUGGUUGGGCUGGGCUCUCAACUCGGGGUAUCUAUAAGAUGGUGAUGAGUAUUGGUUGGAAUCCUUACUUUCAUAAUGCUGAAAAGACUAUUGAACCUUGGCUGCUUCAUGAUUUUAAUGAGGAUUUCUAUGGUGAAGAGCUUCGCCUUGCUAUUGUUGGGUACAUCAGACCCGAGGCAAAUUUUCCUUCACUGGACGAUCUGAUUAAGAGAAUUCACGAGGAUAGAAGGAUUGCAGAGAAAGCCCUUGACCUACCCUUGUACUCGAGCUACAAGGGUGCACCAUAUCUGAUAACUCCUUUGGUGCAAGAUGAUCGGUAAAUCGAUACACUUUUAAGGAGGCUAUGAAGUUCGUUUUGUCAUCGCCAGUAGAACUGGUAUCCUCAACUAAUAAGGGUUCUGCUAGAUGGCUGACUGUGGAGAUCUAGAUUGUUGUUCACUUUCUUGGUGGAACUUUUCAUUGAUGUUGUCAUUUAUCAUUGGAUAGAUGGAGAAAACUUAGCAGGCGAAAAUAAACCAUUUAUUUUUUUUGCAACUUUU